CCGUGCUUGUGAAACAGUAUUGCGGGUCUCGACUGUCAGUUCACUCAUGCUGCGUACACGAUCUCUGGCUGCGGACUCCUGUAUCUAGGGGCACUCUCGUGCGAUACUGCCCGUGGGAAUAUAUAUAUAUAUAUAUAUAUAUCGCAAACAUGGCACGGCAUCACAGGACGCCGCUGAAAAACGAGGAGAGUGUGGUGGAGGUGAAGAGCAAAUUUGAGGCGGAGUACCGCAGGUUUGCCCUGAAGAGGAAAGGAGCCGGUGGCUUCCAGGAAUUCUACCAACUGCUGCAGACCAUUCACCGGAUCCCCGGAGUGGACGUGCUGCUGGGAUAUGCCGACAUCCAUGGAGAUCUACUUCCAAUCAACAAUGAUGACAACUUCCACAAAGCACUGUCCUCGGCCAAUCCACUGCUUCGGAUUAUCAUUCAAAGGAGAGAUGUAAAUGACCCCGUGCCCUUCCCAACAGGAUCUCUUCAGAGAAGAAAAAAGGGCCUAGCUGGUCUGCAUCAACCAAAGCAGAGGUCCAAACCAUCGCUGCUCAUCGGCCUUCCGCAGGAUUUCCGGCAGAUCUCUUCUAUCAUUGAUGUGGACAUCUUACCCGAUACGCACCUCCGUGUCCGUCUGCACAAGCAUGGCACCAACAAACCCCUCGGCUUUUACAUCCGAGACGGCGUCAGCGUCCGUGUCACUCCCCAAGGGGUGGAGAAAGUUCCCGGCAUCUUCAUCUCUCGCCUCGUGAAAGGUGGCUUAGCAGAGAGCACAGGAUUGCUGGGAGUCAACGACGAGAUUCUUGAGGUGAACGGUAUCGAUGUGGCAGGUAAAUCACUGGACCAGGUCACCGACAUGAUGGUGGCUAACAGCCACAACCUCAUCGUGACAGUGAAACCUGCAAAUCAGCGGGUGCACAACACGAUGCACCGUGCGAGUAAAACAUCUGCUGGCAACAGUUCCGCUGGCUCGGGAGGCUCCGCCCUCUCACAUGACUCUGCCCCCAGUCCCGCCUCACAGAAUGCCAGCCAAUACAGCAACAGCAACAGUGUGGCUGAGGGCGACAGUGACGAUGAUACUGACCUCAUCAUCGAGAAUGACAACCUGUCGACGUACACGCCACACCGUAUGACUAAUGGCAAUGGCACCCAUGCUAGCGCCCUAUCGUCGGGUGCAUUUGCACACAGUCCCCUCCCACAAAGUGUUUCCUUGCCCAGUAGCAGCUCUUUAAGCUCCCUGACUACACCUACACACAACAGCAGCCCCACCAAGACGAGCAGUAGCCAAGAAAGCAUGAGAGAGGACGGCAACUUCAUUACGUUGUGAGCUACAGUAGGUUUCACACCACAGUAGAAGCCUUUAUGCACAUUUAUAAGAAAAUGAAGGAACUAUUAUAUUAUCAGCUAUUAUUUUUCAACCUAUUCACAAACCUAUUCACAAUCUUUCCCAUGAAUGAGGACCUUCGGCCCAGAUCACACGGGUUGCACAAUCUAGCCUGUGUGUGAGGGCAUGUGGCUGUCACUGUAUGGAAGUGCCUUAUGGCUCUCCACUCCUCUCGCCUUAGUUAUUUUUUCUCCUUUUGGGACAAAUCGACCAUAUUCAUUUGUAUUGACUCCGAGGACAGUCAAUCAGAAGUGUGCUAGCUACUACUGGGGUGCCUGACGUUAUCACUUGCACCUCGCCUCUGUGGAAAUAAUACGUGUCUUAUUUUGGAUUCAUCUCACUUUUUGUGAUGCCUCUUGCAUUGAUGAUGAUGGUAAUGAUGAUGGAAGAUGAGGAGGAGGAGGAAAAUAUAAAAGUGUUAAACCGGGUCUGAUCAGAGUUGAUUAUGCUUGUAUGCUCAUCUCAUCUCAUUCUGACGCUGAUCGUAGUUUCUGAUACUGAAGAUGUCUACCAAAAUGUGCUCUACAUGAUGAUUUUAAAGUGUUGUUAUUUGCAAUCAAGUCAUCAAUUCAAAGUGUUUAUUAAUCACAUUUUUAAUGUCUCAAAUAUGUGCAGUAUGAGACGGGAAGUGUAGUGUUAAGAUCAUUCCCAAUAUGACAACAUUUAAAGAUGAUUUUACUUUAAAGCGUAUUCUGUCACUCUGUUUGCUCAAAAGUCAUUUUAACACCCAAGUUGGCUUAAUAUUCACAUUCAUUAUCAAAAAAAAGCUAAGUUCCAACUUCCAAGGAAAUGGAAACCUCUUUUUGGGUUCCUCUUCUGUCUAAUGUUGCAUUAAAAGUAUACUUCACCCAAAAAUGUCAAUUCUUGUAAAUUUACUCACCCUCACGUUAUUCCAAACCGGUUUGACUUUGUCUUCUGUGGAAGAUGUUUAGUAACAACAAUAGUUUGGUUAACAUUGACUUACUAAAAACACAGAGACUUUUCUCAAAAUGUCAUCUUGUAUGUUCUACAGAGGAAAGAAAGUUUAACAGGUUUGGAACAACAUGAGGGGAGUAAUGAAAUUUUCAUUUUUGGGUUAACUAUCCUUUUAAGAUUUAUAAAAAUGAAUUUAGCAUUUUAUUGUUUAAAAAAGCAUUCUGGCACAGGUUCUUUCUUGAAGGAUUUUUCCCUCUUUGUUUAUAGUUUUUCUCCCCCUCUAGAAAAAUAGGAAUCUAUAUAACUUAUCUGGCACCAGUGCGGCGUAACUUCAGAAAGACUUAACCGCUCAUUGACUCAGUCUGUCCAUGCUCCUGUGUGCUCAGUUUUUCUGUAAAGAGAAAAAAAAAGGAAAUUCCUUUCAUGUUUGGAAAGGCCAGAAUUCUGCACAUUGGGACCUUUUUCACACACUCCACUCCUGAUGGCCAAAGCUGUGAGGCUUUCUUAGCCAUUGUGAGUGUGUGCAUGUGUGUGUUCGUUCUUAUUUUUAAAGUAUAAUCUUACAGAAACGGUACUGAGGUGGACACUGUCAGUCUCGGGCCAAAUAUUGGUUUCUCUAAUGUCCAACAGACCCGAUUGCUGUUUUCAGGCAACGGGUUCCCAGGUGAACAGUUGUUUAGACUGUGGAGAUACCGGCCUCGGGACGUCCAGUGCUUCAAAGGCUGUCUAUCAAACCCAAGUGCCCAUGAUGGACAAAAGGCAGUGAAAUGCAUAAAACAUCCCAGUGCUUUUUCCAGCUGUACUGACGAGCUAAUUAUCCUUUAUCAUGAUUACAUUUGGGGAUAAAUGAUGUUACUAAUAUAUAAAUAUAUUUUUUAAUCAUUCCGAAUGUUUCGAAGGACAUCUCAAUUUUAACAUUUUCAGUUAGAAGCAGGUGCCAGUAAAAAUAAUCAGGAAGCCAGUCUUUCCACGUCGUAACUGAUGGGCGUGAAUGAUGAAGGUGUAUCCUCAUCUGCUCAGCAUUAUCUGGUUUAACUCGAUCAUUGAAACAAAUGAGGUGUUACUUCACAAAACUGACCUCUAUCAAGGUAGCCUUGAGUCUGAAAGAGAAUGUAGUUUAUUUGAACGGGUCUAGACGUAACAUCUGCACAGCUGACACUCAGUGACUCGUUGCCUCGGGUUUUCACAGCAACAUUGUUACAAGCAGACAGCGAGGACAACUGAAACCGGAGGGUGAUUUGAAACGUAUAGCAAGAGACAUCUGGAGAAGCGUGAACUGUCACUUUUUGUUGUCUAUAUUUAAUUAAUAGGUUUUAUUGGCAUACUCUAGAUGGAGAGAGUAAACGCUGGAUUUUAAGGAGAAAGUGAUGGCACGUAAACUACAUAGAACAGCACACAACUGGAGCACCAAUAAUACCACAUGAGCAUUAUUUUUUUUGGUGUGUAUGUCAAUGUAUAUGUAUAAAUAGAAAUAUGAAAUGACAGACACUUUUGUACACUAAGAGCCCUUUUUAUAAAAAUGAGCAUUUUAUAUAUACGUGUAAAAUAUGGAAAGUAUUUUUCUUAUUCUUGUACUUUUGUAUGUAUAUUAGAAUUCUGGAGAGGAGGUUUCUAUUUCUUUUGAGUAUCACAAACAAAACUAAAAUCUUUAGACGCUUGUGUUUUUAUUAUAAUUA